CCAAAGCUUCACCAUGAAGGGUUUAGCUGCUUUCUGUGUAACGAUAUGCAUUCUUUAUCAGGUUAAUGGAAAGAGCAUAACGGACAAAUACACAAAAAUUGGAGUACAAGGGUCAAGAUGAGAGGUGCGGGAAAUUAAUGAUCCUGGAUCAAUCGACUGCAAAAUGAGCACCUGGUUCCAGUGGACAUCCUGCGACCCGUGCACUAAUAUGACACAUCGUUCUAGAGGUACUGAGGUCUUUGGGCAGUUUAAAGGCUCUAGAUGCAUAUUCCCAAUUGGAGAGCGGAAACCCUGUAAACCUUCUACCAAAUACCAGAUGGACCCUCCACCUGUCUGCAAGAACUCUCAAUGGCAGUGUGCUUCAGGGAUAUGCAUAAACAAAAAUCUGAGGUGUAAUGGGGAUGACGACUGUGGAGAGCCGGAUACGUCUGAUGAAGAUGAGUGUGAUGUCAUCAGGAUACCUUGCGGCAAGACAGCUGUGUUUGAGUCUGAUAUAGCCAUCCAAGCUGGAUACGGGUCAGAGCCUUUUAGGAAGACCUUCAUGAGAGUGAAAGGCAGAGUGGAGCUGGCCACCUACAGGAUGAGACGGCGAGGACUGGAGGUGUCCUCAACGUUCCUGGAUGAUGUGGAUGCCCUGCCACUUACAUAUGAGAAGGGCCAGUAUUUUGUUUUCUUGGAGACUACACUUCACCAAGAACUGAAUGUCUGGUGGAGAAUAUGA